AAAAAAAUCAAAAGUUGCGCACUUUUUAAAAGCACUUCAGGAGCUUUUUGAUCAACAAUUUUCAGUGUGAACUCUUAAAAUAAUAAAUUUUUCAUCAUUUACUGGCUAAGGUCGACCGAGGAAACAAGUACUUUACCAUUCGAAAUGAGUAAUGUACAUUUGGCAAAAGGUUCUCACCAACCAGCCUUUCCUGAUGACGGCAAACUUCGUCUGUACUCGAUGAAAUUUUGUCCGUAUGCUCAACGAGCUCAUUUGGUGCUGGAUGCCAAAAACAUUCCCUAUCAUGUUGCUUACAUAAAUCUCACUGAGAAACCGGAAUGGCUUCAGAAAGUGUCUGCAUUAACGAAAGUGCCUGCUUUAGAAAUUCCUGGACAUGGAGAAUCUUUAAUUGAGUCAUUGAUCAUCGCUGAUUAUCUUGAUGAGAAAUAUCCUCAACAUCCUCUGCAUUCGAAAGAUCCAUUGCAGAAAGCACGUGAUAGGAUCUUAGUUGAACGAUUUGAUAGCUUUAUAACUCCAUUCUAUCGAAUUGUUUUCCAACGCAAUCAGAGCGGUUCUCCUGGAGCUAUAACUGAGUUAACGAAUGCUUUAGAUCUUUAUGAGAAGGAAUUGAGGGAACGUAAGACAAAAUUUUUCGGGGGUCAAAGACCUGGAAUGUUGGAUUAUAUGAUCUGGCCGUGGUGUGAGCGUUCUGAUUCAAUGAAGUUCAUACUCGGAGAUAAAUAUGAGCUUGAUAAGGUGCGCUUUUCUGAGUUGUUGAAAUGGAAAGAUGAAAUGCAAAAAGACAAAGCCGUAAAAGAGAAUUACAUUUCACCAGAAGAUCAUUUCAAAUAUGCAUCUUUGAGACUCGCAGGCACACCUGAUUAUGAUUUUUUAGCGGUAGUUCCGCCUAAGAAACUGCGUUUAUCCUGAAAUGAUAAAGGAAUCUACAACACUAUGUACUCAAUUUUCUACUGCUACUUACUAAAAUGUUAUUUACUUAACUGAAAUCAAGAAUCUUAUGUCUUAUUUUUAUGCAAUAAAAGAUGUUCUUUAAUUUUUAACACAUUUAAUCACAGA